AUGGCACCAAAAACCGCCCAAUACCCCAUUGUUGACGUGUGGGCGAAUCUCCCUGGACUGGGAGCCGCCAUCCCUGAAGUUGCUCGUCUGUUCGCUUACAGCCACUCCGACCCGGAGGUCGCCGACAAAAAGCGAUCACCCGAGGAGGUCAUCGCGUUGAUGGACGAAGCAGGAGUUUCCCAUAUUUGUUUAUCCGCAUGGAGUCGCCCGGGGAAGAUGAUAUUUUCCAAUGAAGAGGUUGCCCAGUACACUCGCGCCUACCCGAAGCGAAUCUUUGGUCUAGCUGCUGUGGAUCUUCACAAUCCCGUGAAGGCUGUCAAAGAGCUGGAACACUACGUUCGAACUGAAGGCUUUGUCGGUUUAAGGGUGGUGCCUUGGCUAUGGAACCUACCGCCGACUGACCCACACUAUUGGCCUCUUUUUGUCAAGUGCAUCGAGCUUGAUGUUCCGUUUUUGACCCAAGUCGGUCACACCGCACCUGCGUGUCCAAGUGAGGUUGGGCGUCCGAUCCCGUACAUCGAUACUAUCGCACUGAAAUUCCCAGACUUGAAGAUCAUCAUGGGCCAUAUCGGAUAUCCUUGGGCCGCGGAGACCACGGCUGUUGCCUGGAAGCACAAAAAUGUCUAUAUAGACACAAGCGCAUGGUCUCCAAAGUAUUAUGCUCCGGAGUUUAUCACGUUUGCCAACACCACAGGCAAGGACAAAGUGAUGUUUGGAACAAACUUUCCGCAGUUGGGAUGGAAGGACUGCGUUGAUAAAGUCAACACCCACCUGGUUGGGACCAAGGGUGGGUUUCGAGAUAGUGUGGUGAAGGGCUUUAUGGGUGGGAAUGCUCUGCGAGUUUUAAAACUGCCGGAGACAGAUCUACAAGGACCACGGUCAAAUCUUUGA